AUGGAGGCUAAUCUCGCAACCCAUGCCGACCUAAUCCCAGGUACAAUUCACCUGGUUGACAUUGCGGGCGAAACACAGUUGGAACAACAUGACGAAAGCCAGAGAGACAUUGUGCUCGUUCCUAGGCCAAGUGCGGACCCAGAAGACCCAUUAAAUUGGAGCCGGAAACGGAAAUUGCUGCAAAUCGCGAUGGUCUACGUCUACACCCUUGGAGUCGGCAUUCCCACCACGUUGCAAUACAGCGUGCUCGCCGAUAUCACAAAUGAUACAGGAAUUUCAACGGGAGAGCUUGUCACUGGAACUGGGCUUAUGUUUCUAUUUUUGGGAUGGGCAUGCUUGAUCUGGCAACCAAUCGCCCUCACAUUUGGCCGCCGGGGUGUCUAUAUUUUAUCUUGCCUGCUCUGCGUACCAAUCAUGGUUUGGACAGCGUACUCGAAAACCGGAGGCGAAUGGUACGCCCAUCGGAUACUUCUGGGCGCGUUCGCUUCACCUAUUGAGUCACUGCCGGAGAUAUCUGUUCCCGAUAUAUUUUUCGCCCAUGAGCGUGGCCAGUGGAUGGCGACAUAUGUCCUGUUCCUCUGUGGUUCGAACUUCAUCGCGCCAUUAAUUGCUGGAUGGUUUAAUGACGCAUUCGGCUGGCGGUGGACCAUGCACCUCGGAGCCAUGAUAUCGGCAGCUGCAGCCGUGAUUUUAUUCUUUGGCAUGGAAGAGUCUCUCUAUUUCCGUCCCACUGUGGAAGGGCAAGAACUCGAUGCUGCCACAGUUUCUCAGUCCGGGCAUCCUACCGUAACCCAUGUCAGCGACGAGAAAGCUGGUGCUGAGAGCAAUAUCUCUGCAAAUAACUCGAUCAUGCAGUCGGCUUCUUCUUUCCCCCCUCCCCGCACCUACAUACAGAAACUGGCACUUUUCGUCUCCAAGCCCGGGCGACCCAGUAACAAAGAAAUGUUUAAAAUGAUGUAUCGGCCCCUCCUGAUCAUGUUACAUUUCCCCUGUACCGAUUGGUCUGGGUUCCUUUACGGUAUCAGUCUUUCGUGGUAUAACGUGAUGAACGGUACAGCGUCUCCAGUUCUUUCCGCCGCGCCUUACAACUGGUCAGCGGCUAAGGUUGGUUCGGCAUACGUCGCGCCGAUUAUUGGUGGAAUCUUCAGUAUGAUAUGGUCCGGUGUCAUCGCAGACAAGUUUGCUAUUUACCUUGCACGUCGCAACAAAGGGGUAAGAGAGCCGGAGCAACGCCUUUGGCCGCUCGCUUUGACGGCGCUUAUCACUACUGGUGGUCUCAUUACUUGGGGUGUUGGUGCAGCUUAUGGAGUCCAUUGGAUAUGUCUAAUGUUUGGAAUGGGUAUGAUGGCAUUCGGUUUCAUGACUGGUGGCUCCUUCGCAAUCUCUUAUAACGUCGAUUGCUUUAAAGAGCUAAGUGGGGAAACCAUGGUUUCUGUCACUAUUAUUCGGAAUACGCUGGGAUUCGCUUUUAGCUAUGGAAUUACUCCUUGGGUGGAGACACAGGGCAUGCGCAAUUGUUUUAUCACGGCGAGCAUGGUAGCGCUGGUCUGUACGCUGACUUUUUUGCCCAUGAUAUACUUUGGAAAAAGGCUUCGCAAGUUUUCAAAGGACAUGUAUUGGCAGUAUGUGUCCACUAGCGCGUUUGGUGGCCAUUGA